AUGGGGAAUGUGUCAUUAUGUUAGGAAUGUGGAUUAGGAAGAACCUCUGACUUGAGUGUCAUAUCCCCUGGCUAGCAAACGAAACAAAAACUAGACACCCAAAAAAAGAAAUUUCCGGUCCGAACACAAUGUCAACUACCAGCAAACCCUAUGCCAACGUCGAUGAUGGCGAACUGCCCAAGCUGGAGCCCAUCAUCAAUGCCCUCAAGUGCGAGCAGACCGGCCACAUCAUGGAGGCCAUUCUGCUCUACGAGGAGAGCAUCUUCCGGCUGUCCCAGAUGGCCGAGGAGGAGCCGAGCCGGCGGCAGUUGUGCGGCAAAUACCUGAAGAUGUACGAGUCGCGGGCCAAACAGUUGCGGGACCAGGUUAAGGGCCACUUGCACUCUAGCCGGAUGCUAGACCACAUCAGCAUCGAGCGGGGUGCCAGGGGCCGUAGCUACCAGCGUCUGUUUGGCCCCUACUUGGACGACAGUGUCAGGGAGGCCCAUCUGAACGAGCCGCAUCUCGCCGAGCCGCACCACUUUCGCAACUUGCUCCACUUCUUCGAGGUUCUGGUCAAGAAUUGUCGCUACCUGAAGUAUAUACGCCUCACCACCAGGCCGGACCCGGCGUCCCCGAAGAGCCAGCUGCAUAUCCUGCAGCAGAUGAAGACCAACUUGGCCAGCGGCAACAUCCAGAUGAACUUCCAGAUGGACGAGAGCCUGCACGACCGCAAGAUUGUGCUGAGCUCGGGCGUGGUUAUCAAGAUUGGAAGGGGCCUGCACUACUUUGAGCCCGGCGAGAGCUCCUACAGCCUUGGACUAUGCGACUUUGAUUUCCGCAAGUGCCUGGCCACGGAAGUGGACAUCUGGAAGUGCCGUGCCUUUGCCAAGCGACCAAAGGACACCUCGGAGUGUGAAUUCCACGAAGCCAAGGAGGAUCGGAGCAGCGACAGACGCGAAGGCCGUGCCUCCUCGAGUGAUUAG